GUGCCGCGGUGCUGGCCGGGAGCGGGCGGGGCGGUGGCGGAGCGCGGGCUGGGAGGCCCAGGAUGGCGGAGAGACCGGAGGACCUGAACCUGCCCAACGCCGUCAUCACCCGCAUCAUCAAGGAGGCGCUUCCUGAUGGAGUCAAUAUUUCCAAAGAAGCCCGGAGCGCGAUCUCCCGCGCAGCGAGUGUGUUUGUGCUGUAYGCAACAUCAUGUGCAAAUAACUUUGCCAUGAAGGGGAAGAGGAAAACCCUGAAUGCUGGAGAUGUGCUCUCUGCCAUGGAGGAGAUGGAGUUCCAGAGAUUCGUGGCCCCUCUGAAGGAGUCCCUGGAAGUUUACAGGCGUGAGCAGAAAGGAAAGAAAGAAGCCAGGAAAGAUAAAGACAAGAAGGCAGACUCAGAGGAGCAAGAUAAAAGCCGAGAGGAGGACAAUGAUGACGAUGAUGAAAGGAUGGAGGAGGAAGAACAAAACGAUGAGGAAGAGGUGGACAACUAAGCUUACUUGUGGGCAGGGGCUGGGUGUGUCCAGAGGGAUAUAAAGGCUGUAAAUCGACCUCAYUGUGUCCCUCAUGUUUCCAGUAGAGCUUUGUACUGCCUCUCUGUGGCCURUUCCUUUUGGCCUUUAAUUUGUACAUAAAGGACUUGUGCUGAAGCUUUUCCCGUGGCAGGGUGGCUCCUACCUGUGCCUGGGGGGCUUGACCCCUCCCCAGGCUCUGUGCAGGCAYUGACUGGGYUUUUGAUGCUGGGCUGRAAAGAGGGGAAAGAAGAACUGGUGRGUGCUCAGUGCAGAAGCUGGCCAGGAGAGCCUGAGAAACUCUUKCAUAUUGGGGUCUGAGUCCAGUAAAUCACUAAUAAAUCACUUGGGUGUAAAACACAGAUGAUGAUGUCAGGAGGCUGGGAAGCUGCACAUGGGAGCUCUUGAUCCAAGUGACUUGUUUUUUUUCCCUUUGUUCCCUUGCAUCCCGGCUGUGCCUUCUCCCCCUSCUGUACUGUGACAGUGACACUGUGUCCUUCAGCCUGAGCAGCAGCACAGUGUGGCUGCACAGGGAUCAUGAGUUCACUCACUGACUCACCCAAACUAACCCAAAUCCCCAAAACUCACAGUGCUGACAGUGUAAACUGAACCACGAGUGUCUUGGAAAGCCCUGAGACAGAGGAGAUUGAUUUAAAAUCUGAAGCACAUUGAGGGGCUGAAAUGAGGAGCAGUGCUGGGGUGUGACAGGUCAGUGGUGGCUCUGGGGUCUGGUGGUCUCACCUGUCCCCCUGCARAGCAGCAGCUCCUGCAGCACACUGAGAUGUGGUAGAACAGAGUGGUGAAUCGUGGGGGUUGUUUUUUUCCCCCUUUCCCAGCUGGAAUGAGCUAAUUCCAUCCAAGGUCCCUCUGUAGCCUUCACUGGUUAUCCCAGCUUCCAUAUCCCCAGCUGUGAUGGGCUCAGGGAGGGCAGCGAGGGCAGGACUUGUCCAUGCGGGAGGCUCCUGUGGUUUCAAAAAAAGGCUCCUGCAAGUAAGAAGGGUUGAAAGAAGCUCUUGGUAAACCUUGUGCUCAUGUAAAUUUGUGCUUUUCCAUUGGAACUGUUAGUUCUGAAGCCUUUCUCCCUCUGAAAGCUUUAGGUAUAUUUAAAAUCCCCAAGUUUUGAUGACAGGCAGUUUUAAAAUAGCACUUGUGAGGAAUCCUAAAAAAUGGUCACAGAGCUMCCCAGGAGAACCCCCCUGCCUUCCUGCUUUCCUAGCACCCUGGAUUUUCACACACACACAAGCCCUGCUCCUGAAAAGAACUGAACCAACACAGAUUUUCUGCUGUCUAGUUUCUGCUGGCAUUCAGUCAGGACAUGGAAAGCCUGAGCUGAUGAUGUCCUCAUCUCUGAUAAACACCCACCUGCCAGCCCUUUUUCCUUCUUUUUUUCUCUUCAGCACAUAUCUGGGGUGUGUAUUCCAGAAGGGAACAAGAUGUAAAUAAAAGCCAGAUUUUUUUUUUUUA